ACCCACAGGUGUGGAACUCUGGUCAGUUUCUUCACAGCUCUUGGGUGCCCUACACUAGGGUCCCCUCUCUCCUUAAAUCCAGAUGAACAAGUUUAUCCUAUUGAUGGGUCUUUAUCUGCUUGGAUCUGCCAGAGGCCGACCUGUUGAGCCUCCUGGCUCUAUGGAUCAAGCUGCAAAUCACCAGCUUACAGGUGACUAUUUUUCCUUUGGAAACCCUUCCGAUAGCGAGGCUUUGUAUGAGACAUCAGGUAAGAAUGCUUUAAUUGAGCACGGUUCCAGUGAGCACAGCACAAGCGAGCACACCUCUGGUGAACAUGCCGCAAGUGAACAUACCGGCGAGCACGCUUCAGGAGAACAACCCUCAGGUGAAAAAUCUAUAGUUGAUAAGGCUGCAGGCGAACAUGCUUCGGGUGAACAGGCUAUUACUUCAGGAGAACAUGCUUCGGGUGAACAAGCUGUUACCUCAGGUGAACACGCUUCGAGUGAACAGGCUGUUACUUCAGGUGAACACGCUUCGGGUGAACAAGCUGUUACCUCGGGUGAACACGCCUCAGGUGACCAGGCUGUCACUUCAGGUGAACACGCUUUGGGUGAACAAGCUGUCACCUCGGGUGAACAUGCUUCAGGUGAACAGGCUGUUACUUCAGCUGAACACGCUUCAGGCGAACAGGCGGCUACUUCAGGUGAAUAUGCUUCAGGUGACCAGGCUGUUACCUCAGGUGAACACACUUCCGGUGAACAGGCUGUUACUUCAGGUGAACACGCUUCAGGAGAACAGGCGGCUACCUCAGGUGAACAUUCUUCUGGCGAACAGGCUGCUGCCUCGGGUGAACAGGCUUCGCCUGACAAAUCUUUGAGUGAACAACCUUCAGCCGCACCAGUUUCAAGUACAUCCCCAGGUGCGGUAUUAAAUUGCAACACCUGUGCUUAUAUGAAUGAUCAAGGAAAAUGUCUUCGUGGAGAAGGAGUUUGCACCACUCAGAAUUCCCAGCAGUGUAUGUUAAAGAAGAUCUUUGAAGGAGGAAAACUCCAGUUCAUGGUUCAGGGAUGUGAGAAUAUGUGCCCAUCUAUGAACCUCUUCUCCCAUGGAACCAGAAUGCAAAUUAUAUGCUGCCGGAAUCAAUCUUUCUGCAACAAAAUCUAGAAGGGUGUGCCCUUGUUUCUUGCUGACUGGGGCAGCAAAAGGCGCUCCCAUUGCCAUGCUCAGUUCCUCUCUAUUUAGUUUCUUACCCCAGUCUACAGUUAAUCACACCUCUUUCUGAGCAUCACACAGGAUGAUUCUAAAUACCUUUCCCAUUCUUCUCUGUCCUGUCUUCUUUGCUUCCCCUCUCAAAAUUCCUGAUUUACUUUAUAAAUAAAAUCUGCAUGA